UUCGCCGCUUGCCUGAUGUUGUUAUUUUGCUCGUCAAUCUUAAAGAAUUAAAUCUCAUUUUGAAACCUUGUGCUUUUAAAAUGAUGCCUAGAGUGAAGUGCAAGCUUAAGACCGGUUAGAGCAAAAUGCGUUUAUGCCUUUGUCUUUCAGAGAAGUUUCAGAAACACAGGUGAGCUAUUCUUGCUGUCUGUCAAGUUAACAAUUUAGAGUCUGGGCCGGCAAUAAAGAUGAUGACAACGCCAAAGACAAGCCGAUCAGAGUUGACGGUCACUUGCAGUCGCAGUCUUUUAGCGAAGUGGCGUGGCUCGCAGGAUAACUUGAUGAAUAUCUAAAAAAUAAAUAGACAUAUUCACCAUCGUGGCAAAACGAGCGCCCAGCCGUUUAAACUAUCAGCAAUUGCAUCUGCUUCGUUAGGUGCCUGAUCUUACGCGACGUGAUGGGUGUCGCUAUCCAGCGUACUGAAUUCUACAAAAGGAGUCAAGCAAUCAAUGGAAAUGUACCAGUUCACAAAUAUGCCAACUGCUUUAAAUGAAGAUCGGCUUGCGAUUUAAAUUAUCUGCAGACAGUAUUGUCUGUUUGGGACUCUUUGGAUAUAUGCAAGUAUGACCAGUAUUUCAAAAAACCUUAACAAAUCGAGGCGUCCUCCUUUUUAAGUUGGGGAUUUAUUUACUUGAGAUGUGUUUCUUUUUCUUUACAUAUCACCUGUAACGAGUUAAAAAUGGGAAAAUGUGGACAUGUACCCUUCGAAGGAAAGUACAAAGAGAGGGGAUCUCAGUAAAAGCUUGCAUACGAGCUUAUAAAGAAAACCCUAAUAUAAAUAUUGUUCAUUGUGGAAGCGAGGACUUCAGUUACUUUUUCUGUCAACAAUGGGUCAGUGAAGAUUACAGAGACCGAAAAGGUAUUCUGGACCGGAGCCUCACUCUUGGAGCCCGUUGUCUGUCAGUGUUUGUAUCUCACAGGUGACUUUUUUUUUACGUGCCAUGGCAGCGGCUAUUGCCAGCGGUUUGAUCCGGCAAAAGAGACAGGCUCGGGAACAGCAUACGGACCGCCCAUCCGCUAACCGGAGGAGAAGUAGCCCCAGCAAGAACCGGGGUCUCUGCAAUGGGAACCUGGUGGAUAUUUUCUCUAAAGUCAGAAUCUUUGGCCUUAGGAAAAGGAGGCUACGAAGGCAAGAUCCCCAGCUCAAGGGUAUAGUGACCAGGUUAUACUGCAGGCAAGGUUACUACUUGCAAAUGCACCCCGAUGGAUCUCUCGAUGGGACCAAGGAAGACAGCAGUAAUUCUAGUUUGUUCAACCUUAUACCAGUGGGACUCAGAGUUGUUGCAAUUCAGGCUGUGAAGACAGGAUUAUACAUAGCCAUGAAUGGAGAAGGAUACCUGUACACAUCAGAACUUUUUACACCAGAGUGCAAGUUUAAAGAAUCUGUAUUUGAAAAUUAUUAUGUGAUUUACUCAUCCAUGCUGUACAGACAACAAGAAUCUGGCAGGGCAUGGUUCCUAGGUCUUAACAAAGAAGGCCAAGUCAUGAAGGGAAACCGGGUAAAGAAGACGAAACCAGCUGCUCAUUUUUUGCCCAAGCCAUUAGAAGUUGCCAUGUACAGAGAGCCAUCAUUGCAUGAUGUUGGGGAAACAGUUCCGAAGGCUGGAGUGACUCCAAGCAAAAGCACAAGUGCAUCUGCAAUAAUGAAUGGUGGGAAACCCGUUAGCAAGACGAGCAAGACGACAUAGCUAGAUCACGUCCGCUGUGGUGACUUGCAAAUAAACCUAUACCACUGUUGAGCAAUGUAUCCUGGCAAGUCUCUCUGCUACUCAAAUGUUGAGGAUCGGGGUUCAGGCAAUUGAACUGUCACUCCUCACCAUAUCUGAACUGUCUCAUUGCAAGUGGGAAAUUCCCAACAUGUAGCUAAUAAAUCCAAGAGAAGACACCUGGAUGACCAGCUAACUCUGACCAUGGAAUGCCCUACCAGAUAUGGAAUGCCUUUUUAAUCUUUUCUGUAACUGUGACACUUCAUGUGAAUGAUGUAUUUCACAACCACACACACUUGCCUGCUGUUGGUUACCUUUAAUUGGUUUUCAGCCCUGUUUCAAAAAAAGUGUAAUUCUGAUCUGUUUUCUAUUCCACAGUAUACCAGCUAAGAUGCUGUAAACGUGCUAUGGACAUCAUGUUUCCCUUUUGUACCAGCCUAUUCUCUUUUUCUUGCUCUCUCCCUGUCUACGUCUGUCCCUCCGAUGUCUUUGGAAUAUUUGCAGGGGUUAUAUGUAAGUUUCCAAUUCACAUACAUGUGAGCAUUCCUACAACUAAAGAGGAAACAUGGGAGAAGAUAUGACACAUGGGGCUAGGUACCCAAGCCUUUUCUUUCUUUCUUUCAUUUUUUUUUUUACUAAUAAUAAAUGUUUUUGUCUCAGGCUGACAAACACACCGGCUUUUGUUACAGAAAACAACGAUGCAAUUCUCCUGCAUUUCCCAUCAAAUAAGACUGAAUGAAGUUAGUCUAGCUCUGCAUCUUUCAGUGUCUCAUGCUUUUCUUUUUUUUUACUUGUGGUCCAUAUCUCAGCUUAUUUCAGCUAAUGGUAACAUUUUGCCUUACCCCAACCUAUACUAACUGCUGUUUGUUUCUUAUUUGAUGUGAUCUCCUUAGUUUUUAGAGCAUAGGCUCUAGGAAACUCUAUAGGCCUUGUAGGCUUCAGGUUCAGACUCACUUUCCUGCGCUCGGCAUCUUUAGUUAAUGAGCUAUCCUUAUGACUAUAAAAAGAUGUCACAGUUGUUUCUACAAUAUCUACUUUAGUUGGUCCCUGAGAAAGCUGGAUGUAAGUAAAUGCCAUUUCUAUUGGCUGCAUCCCUCACCCGUUCAGCAAAGCAUGGGCAAGGUUAGUGUUAUGUACUUUCUUGCGACAGCAGUGCAAGAGAUAAGCUUAUAUUAUGAUGUUUUAAUUGCAAAAAUAUAGGAUGAAUUAAAAAAAGUUUUAAAAAUCUACUUUUUAAUGAUGAGACAUAUUAACGGAUAUGAGAGGAUUUUUUUAGCUCAGCAUGCAGAGUCCAGUACUGUUCAUGGUGGCCUAUGUGCCUGCACAUACCUCUAACCCAGCAUGCAAAAACAUGUACCCAGUCACUGCUGGGUUAAAGGUGCCGCAUUAUCAGUCCACAUUCAGUAGAACAAUAGUAGCAUUUGAAGUUGUUAUGGGGGAAAAAGUGUUCCUUUGUUUAAAUCCCUUUUUUCAGUGACUGGUUUCUCCUUAAUCUACCAAAGUGUUUAUGUCCUUGACUUAUAAAUAAAAAUCACAACAAAUAAUUGUUUCUAUUUUAUUUAUUUAUAUUUCUAGUUUACUUUGCCAAUAUGACUGGCGUACUGAUAAGCAGCAUAUUUUUCGUAUUAUGGCAUCUUCAGUCUUCUCUGGGAGCUUUGAUCAAUACGUUUUCAUUUAACAUUCAUUCUGAAAAGGGUACGUCUACCCAGACAGGAUUAUUUGAAUCACACCUGGGUAUAAAUAAUCAAGUGCUAAUGUCGAAGUUGGCUGCCAGUCAGGCACUUUCUUUCAGAAGACCGAACUGUGAUUAGAUUUUAAAACACAUCUUCAGUGACUUAUUUUUUACCAACCCAACUUGCUACUGCAUAUAGCAGGUGUAAUAUUUGAUCAACAUUUUUUGUUUGUUCUUCCUUAUUUUACUUUUUUUUUCUUGUUCUGCCAUAAUUAUGCUUCAUUAUUACACCAUUCCAUUAGUAUGCCAUAUUCUCUACACAUAAAUGGAUGAGUUUAUGAUGGUAUGAAGGAAAGAACUGGAACACAUUGUUUGUUGAGAUCUUAUGCUAUUUUCUCAUUAGAAAAGAUGAAGCACAUUAGGUAGAAUUUGUUAUUGUAGUCUGUACAAAGUGAAUUUAAUGGUAACAGAAAAAAAGAGAUAUGCACAAAGUAAUUUUACAUUUCAACUCUACAGAGGGCUGGCAUCCCACUCCCACCCAAAUUAAAACAGUUUUCAAAAGUGAACCCUAUAUGCUGGGCUUUAUCUGCCCUGCAAACCAGUUGACUGGUUAAAUGAAGGUGGAAUUUAUUUUUGUAAAUGACAAAUGAAUAAACGCACAUUUUUUGUUUGUUUAUUUUUCUGUAAAGGUGUUUCUUCCUAAAAAAAAAAGUCUUUAAACAGUUUUUCACUUAUGUUUAAACACACAAAUGUUUGGGUGAAGGGUGAACUGCUUUGUUAUAUGUGCUUUGGUUAAUAUCUUUAAUUUGUCUGUCGUCUCAUCUGUUUGCAUGGGAAGAGGAUGGUAUUGAUGAACUGCAUGUAGUACGCUAUGUGUAUCAAGAACUGUUGGUAUGUAUUGCUAACUUUACAUACAUAUAUGCAAAGAGUUUGUCUGCACUGUAGUUUGUGUUUGUUGUAAACACAGAUACAACAUAUUGAAUAAAAAUUUUUCUAUAAAGGCAAAUUGAAAUAUCAGAAACAAAAUUAAUGCGACACAGUUCACAGAGUGUAAUUAUACUGGGCAUGGAAAUGGGUUUAAAUUUACACUAUGCCCAUUAUUAAUUAGCAUAUUCCAUCGGAUGGGUCAAAAACAGGGUGGCAUUACAAUGAAGAAGUCCAGCAACCAAUUGUUGCCAUCUUUUCUAAUGUCCACUCCCAUUUCCAAGAGAGGUUUAUUUGUCUUGUUUCUGUCUUGCCAAGGUGUGUAGAUCUCUUUAUUGUUGUGUGCGCUUUCCAUAUUUUUCACAGUCCAUGCUUAAAAGACCAAAUUACUUGAAAUUUCAACAUACUGUCCAAUAAGAUUUUUUCCAAUCCACCCUAAAUGUACAGUGGGUGCAUAUGAAAAGCAAAUUAUGUUGUGUAAUAAAUGCCUGGGAAAAAAAAAA